GCAGCUUACAUAUGCGCCUCUCCCUCUCUCUCUCUCUUGCAGGCCGCAGGCUACACCUUCAGUUUGACGCGGAAUCUCCCUUCCAUUGUUUCCUUCUACUUCGGGAUCUCUGUCCCUCACUUUUCUCCCAAAAGUUGGACAUGGUUGAGGACAGGAAAUAAGAUUGAUGCUCCAAAUUUGUUUCCAUGGAUACACAGAGUUACCCUCAGGGUGAAUUGGGAAGGUUUGAGCAAAUUAUUUCCCAGUUUCUUUUGAAGAGCUUGCAUAUAGUAUUGGAUUCAAGGAUUCCUUCGAUGCGACCAUAUGGACGCAGUGGAGAACUGAAAAAGAGUGACAGAUGGUUCAAUUUGGUGUUGGGGGAUCGUCCUGCUGCUCUUGAUAAUUUGAGUUUUUGGCACAGGAAUUUGAUGGAGCCAAUGAUUAUUGAUAUAAUGCUGGUGCAAGACAAACCUAAUUCUUCAUCUGAGCCUUAUUUGAGUUCCACAUUGGGUGGGACAUUAUCGGAAACUGUUAUAGAGAGGUGGGUAGUACAAUACGAGCAUGUGAGAGCUUUGGCACCACAAAUUGGUGAUUCGUCUUACAAGAAAUCGUACAAAAAAAUAAUUUUACUGUUGCGCUCUCUUUAUUCAAUGAUGAGGCUCCUUCCAGCUUACAAGGCCUUCCAAAAACUAUCGUCUAGUCAGAGUUGUGAUUUUGAUAUUAAUUACAAAGUAUCUUCAUUUAGUGCUCCAUUCUCUAGGGCAGAAGAGCAGCUGAUGAAGGAGUAUUCUUUUGUUCCAGUUGAAGCUCAACAAGGUCGCUUUUCUAUAUCUCUGACAUAUCGUGAUAAUCUCUCUGAUUUCAACUUGGAGACUUCCUCGUCUUUUCCGCCACAGAUUAUUACAGAUUAUGUAAGUACAGAUCAUAUUAGGUCAUUCCCUUCCACCACAUCAGAUACUACAGUAUUUCCAUUGAGACGGAUGCAUUCAUCUCCUUCAACACCACCACAGCGCCCGCAUAGUUGGACAAGUGGUCUCCACAAGGGGCCUUCUGUAUCUCAAAACCAACCUUAUGUAGGUUCUCCACUGUCUUAUCGCUCACCUUAUGAGCUUUCGUCCUCACCAACUGAUGUUUAUGGCCAAAGGAUUUCAAACUACAGAUUGCCUACUCACCACAGAGCAACAAGCUCAGAUGAUUACCAGCUUUCACCUCCGUUCUCUCCAUCUCCAUCCCCAUCCCCACCUACAUACCUUUCAGGUGGAAAUCCUAUCAAGUCACGAUGGCGUUCAGAAACUGCCCCAGUUAGUAUCCCUCAUCCAAUGAUUAGCAGAAGUUCUAGAUACCUUUCUCCUAAUUUGUCUGACCCAAAUAGGCAUUCACUUCCCCCUCCAUCCCCCAGAAGUACAAAGCAUGACUCCUCAUCACAUGAAUCCCCGUCUGGAGUCAGGUCAUUAAGGAAAUCAGGGGAGUCCAGUUUUGGGAAUACAAUUAUGAGUCAGAAGGUGUCCAGAGAUACAAAAGAUGACUCAGGCCGGUUCUCAGGUUUGCUAUCUUCAAGUGGUUCGCCACGUGUUGGAUUCUCUCGAAGUUCCAGUAGAUUAUCUUUCCAGGAUGACUUGGAUGACUCUGAUUUUUCUUGCCCAUUUAUCGUUGACGAUGUUGAUACUUCUGAUUCCCAAUUCAGCAGCCAAAACCCUAAUGCCAAGAAGGAUUCAGAAUCUUCUUCACAAGCAUUUCAGGGAAGCAGAAAAUCACAGGAUGCUGCUGUGGGUGCCCUUGUUCAAAUGCUCAAGAAUGCUCCUCCAUUACGUCAAGAUUCUAGCUGCCACUCCGUAAAGACUGAACUGGUGGGAGGAAUUGGCGCUGUUUCCGAGUUCUCUGGUUCUCGGAAGACUUUGGAUGCAUUGGAGGAGCUCAAAGCUUACAAAGAAUUGAAGGAACUUAUUCUUUCCAAGAGUGCAACCAGAACCAGCUCAGUCAGCAAGAGCUAAACUCAGCCUGCAGAACUAUGAUGCAUAUACUCCACUUUCACACUGCUACAUGGCAAUAGGACUUGAGACGGUUGAUCUAUAACCUAACCAGGUAGGUAUUAGUGGAUUGUGUACAAUGUAUAUAGCUGCUGACACAGGAAAAUGUUGUAUUUGCUUAGCAAGAAUGGUUUGCAUCUGGCAAACAUCAUGAAAGUUGUCAUAGCAUUUGAAUCAUCCUACAUUCCUACCACAUAGAUAAGCCAGAAAUACUGUCUUGUGUAUAUUAGAUCUCAUGAUCUACACAAUAUGAUGAGAGAGGGUGUUCUUUCAUCAUCAUGUUCUUUGCCAAUCAAACAAGAACCUCUAACAAUCUGAAAAAA